AGAGUAGGCGAGUACGUGUAUGAGCUUAAGCAUGAAGACAACCCGGAGGCUGUGACUGUGUUCUUUCAUGGACUUCUGGUGGAUGAAUCCGAGAAGGACCAUGCUUUCUGGAGCACCUGGACAAAGUUCAGAACCCACGAAUGCUGGCCCGUGACAAUGCUGCCCAAGUUGUUGGCCGAUAAAAGUCCCUCUGACCCUUGCAGAAUUCGUGUGCUUGCGGUCUCGUAUGAGGGCAGGGUAAGCGUUCCAGAUGGAACAGAUGGGACUGACCAUUUCCUUCUUGUCGAGAAUUUGAUCUCGGAACUCAUAUACAGUGGCCGUUGUCACGGACCGGAUGGGGUAGGAGCUGGAGAAGUGCCUGUCUUUCUGGUUGGACACGACCUUGGUGGGCUCAUUAUCAAGGAAUUCGUCAUGGCAGUGGAGAAGCAAGAUGACAGUAUAGGAAGAUUACGUCAAGAAGAAGAGGACGACCUUAAAGAAAAAGAGAAACGCCAGAAUUUUCUCAGUAAUCUGAGUGCAAUUUUCUUCUAUGCUACACCUCACAAUGGAUCAGAAGCCAUCGAGGAUUUGGCCAAGGGAGUCCCCGAAGACUCGCGAAAUCGCAUGCUCGCACUGCUGAGUGUUCUUGGAUCUGACAUGUCCAGAAUAAACGCGGAUUUCAGCUUAUAUCGGUCCGGCCGUGGUGUAGGCUCAGACGUACGAUUCAAAACGUACGCCAUCGUUGCUCAGAAUCCUACAAGCCAGAAAGGAUGCGGGAAGACCAUGUUGGUUCCGGAGGCUUCAGCUAGAUUUGAUAUGGACAACUUCUAUUCGGUUUCAGCGGAUCACUUUGAGGUGUGCCAGCCUAAAGGCACUUGGUCGGCUGCCCUGACCGAACUCGGUGAGGCAAUUUAUGAGCACGUAUCACAGAUUAGGAGCUCAAAAUGACUAAUCAGACGAAUGCACAAUCGGUAACGCUCGGCAAAUUGAUGGAGAUCGAUCUCGACGUUGUGUGCCAACAUGAUACCAAGCAGAGAGUUGAGGUUUUAGUGUUCAAGAUUCGGGAUAAUGUUCCCGCAGCAGUCGGAGUUUGAGGCCUCAGGCCGUACAGUGACAAGCUGAAUAGGGUGACGUCUAGCUCGUGUAGAGUUUUGAAGCAUUUACUAGGUUCGAUAGAAAAUUUAGAUUCGCCUUGCAAUUGCAACUUCUAAGAAAAUGUUUGAAGUCUGUAAAUAUCAUGAACGUAGGAAACUGUAUCUCAUCGAGCAAGUGGGCUCCUCCACCUGUCAAUAAUUCUAUACAUGUCAGAUGAUAGUCAGAUGAUAAUUCCGUAGUCAGCCCGAGAGGGAAGAUAUCCAGUAUAAAGACCCUGAUCCACCAUUUUUCACGAAAAAGCCACAAGCUUUACCCGUAGGUUGGUAUCAAAUCAGAAUUCAUAGACAUGUGCCAGUUUCAUAUCGAAACUGGAGGAGCAACUAUAAAGAGGCGU